CCCGUAUCCAAAGAGAGUAAAACACAAACCAACAAAGUUGUUUUAUGCGGUGCUUUAUUAAGGGCCCUGGGGUCUCUGCGGACUAGCGUCCCAAAAUCAGAGUCCCAGCUUCCCAACAAACUUACAGGAUUCUUUAUCAUUCUCUAAGCUUUCCUUGACUAACGGUUACAUUGUAUCUCUAACAGAACAUUCCUUAGGGACAUACAUCAUGUAAAUGACAAUUUCUUCUUCUACUGCACAUUCUUUAGAUAACCAUGCUCUACUGAUUUCUUGCAACACUGGUUUUAGUUCACAUAUAUUGUGCCAAGGGCCUACUUGGGUUACAAUCUUUAGCAUAACUACGUCUAAUACAUAAUUUUGCUAUUCUUAUUUAAAUAUUAGAAUAACUCACUGCAACACCACCAACCUGCCACGGGAGGGACACUUCCCACUGUCCCGGGCUGCUCCCAGCCCCAUCCAGCCUGGCCUUGGGCACUGCCUGCUCUGGGCACCCGUUCCAGGGCCUGCCCACCCCCACAGGGAACAAUUCCGGCCCAACAUCCCAGCCCUGCCCUCUGGCAGUGGGAAGCCAGUCCCCUUUUGCCGUCCCUCCAGGCCCGCGCCCCCAGCCGCCCUCCGGCUCACCCGGAGCCUUGCAAGGGGCUCUGCUCUGCUCUGCUCUCCUUCCCUGCCCUCUCCUCCCAAUCUCCUCUCCCUUCUCCCUUCUCCCCUCCUCCCUUCUCCCCUCCUCCCCUCCUCCCUUCUCCUCCCUUCUCUCCUCCCUUCUCUCCUCCCUUCUCCCCUCCUUUCCCCCCUCCUUCUCCCCUCUCCCUUCUCCUCUCCUCCCUUCCCCUCCCCUCUCCCCGCUCCUUCUCCUCCCUCAGCGCCCACUCUCUCUGCGCCCCCUGGCGGGCCCCGCGGGGCUGUGCGCAUGCGCGGUACGCGAGGCCGUUGCCAUAGCAGCGGGAGCCAACAGGGAGGUGCCGCCAUGAGCCCGCCCGAGGUGGAGCCGCUCGUGGGCCGCAAGUACGAGAUCAAAAGGCGCCUGGGCAAGGGGGCCUACGGCAUCGUCUGGAGGGCAACCGACCGCCAGACAGGAGAAACAGUUGCUGUUAAAAAGAUUUUUGAUGCUUUCAGGAACAGAACAGAUGCUCAGAGAACAUUUCGAGAGAUUAUGUUCCUGCAGGAAUUUGGAGAACAUCCAAAUAUCAUCAAGCUGCUCGAUGUUAUCCCAGCAGAGAAUGACAAGGACAUCUACCUCAUCUUUGAGUCCAUGGAGACUGAUUUACAUGCUGUGAUUAAGAAGGGGAAUUUGCUGAAAGACAUCCACAAGUGUUACAUUCUCUACCAACUCCUGAAGGCAACUAAAUUCAUCCACUCAGGGAAUGUUAUUCACAGGGAUCAGAAGCCUUCCAACGUGCUGCUGGAUGCCCAGUGCCGUGUGAAGCUGUGUGACUUCGGGCUGGCCCGCUCGCUGUGCCAGCGGGGGGAGCCCCAGCCCGGCCCCGCGCUCACCGAGUACGUGGCCACGCGCUGGUACCGAGCUCCCGAGAUCCUGCUGGCCUCCCGCCGUUACACUAAGGGUGUGGACAUGUGGAGCAUUGGCUGUAUUCUUGGAGAGAUGCUGCUUGGAAAGCCCCUUUUUCCUGGAACAUCAACAAUGAACCAAAUAGAGCAGAUCCUGAGGGUCAUCCCUGCUCCGUCCCCAGAAGAUAUUUUGGAUCUGCAGUCAGAGUACAAGGCCUCAGUUAUUAAGCACAUGAGUUCCAGGCAGCGAGUAGCAUUUGAGGAGAUUUUCCCAUCCUCCACUCCGCUGCCUGCCUUGGAUCUGCUGAAGAAACUUCUGGUCUUUAACCCUGACAAAAGGCUCACAGCAGAGGAGGCUCUGCAGCAUCCUUACGUGAGCAGAUUCCACUGUCCUUCCAGGGAGCCAUCUUUGGAUUUUGAUGUGAUCCUUCCUUUGGGUGAUGAUGUCCAGCUGUCUGUGGCAGAAUAUAGAAAUAAAUUAUAUGAGAUGAUCCUUGAAAAGAAGUCAAAGAGCCUUCCAAAGGAGCAAGGGCAGAAAGAAAACAUUCAGCUGAGCCAGUCUGAGUCCAGCACACCUCUGCCAGGUUUCAGCUCAGAGGCUGCACCCACCAGGAAAGGCCAGCAAGAGCCAGCACCCCCUCUGCUAAACCCUUCACAUGUGCACCCUGGAGCCACAGCUAGGGUCCAGCCAGCAGGGUCCAGCCAGAGCAAGGAUUUGGCCAGAACUCUGGGUCAGAGAUCACAGAUGAGUGUGAUGAUAUACAACCCCAUCACACACACCACUGUGCAGAGAAAUGCAAAUCCUGGUGCUGGGAUCAGGAACUGUUCUGCACCACUUCAACAGUCCAGAAUCUCCAGCAAUGAGAAGAUAGGGAGACAAACCCCAUGGCCAAACACUCAGCUCUCUCCUACAAGUGUGCAGAACCUUUACAAUAAUCCCAAAAACUCUCAGUGUCCCAGCAAAGAUGUUCGUCCCCUUCUGAAGCCCAGUAAAAAGAUGUUCCAGAUCACUGCCAAUGUGGGAGCUGCAGGUGAUCCAAGGGCAUCCAUGGGCAGCUACUCCCAGGCCUAUGGAACCAUCAGUAAAUCUGCACUGCAGAGCCUUCCAAUAGCAAAGGCCUCCAAAAACCCUGAGCAGUGACUGUGGAGAUGUUCCAGACAGGUGAAGUACAGCUCAUCCCUCAGCCCCUGACUGAGCAAGAGCAGCAGGGGAGAGCAAACUAUGAGAAAAUGCUUUAUUCACUGCUUAGGACACUGUCCUCCUCUGCUCUGGACAAGCUUAUGGGAAAGGGAAUCCCACUCCUCUGCCUUCCAGUCUCAGCAGGCAAGGACACAGCUCUCACACCCUGAGAACAGUGAAUGCUGUCACUUCACACUCCUUGUUUGAAUUACUGAAAAAACCACAGAAAACUGCAUUAUUCUGAUACUUGAGUGUUUUUUUAGACAUAUUUAGGAUCUGGGGAACCUCCUGAAAUUCAGCAAGGCCUAGUGCAAGGCCAAGAAAAUGCCCUGAAGGCUUGAGUCCUUCUGCUCUGGAGACAGGCUGGGAGAACUGGAGGUGUCCAGCCUGGAGGAAAGAAGCCUCCAGGAAGACCUCAGAGCCCCUUCCAGUGCCUGAAGGGGCUCCAGGAGAGCUGGAGAGAGACUUUGGACACGGGCCUGGAGUGACAGGACUAGGGGAAUGGCUCUCCAUUGCCAGAGGGCAGGGAUGGAUGGGGUGUUGGGAAGAAAUCCUUCCCUGUGAGGGUGGUGAGGCCCUGGGACAGAGAGCUCAGAGAAGCUGUGGCUGCCCCAUCCCUGGAAGUGUCCAAGGCCAGGUUGGACAGGGCUUGGAACAGCCUGGGACAGUGGAAGGUGUCCCUGCCAUGGUAGGCUGGGGUUGGGACUGGGUGACCUUUAAAAGGUCCUUUCCAAACCAUUCCAGGAUUCUUCAGCAGUCUGCCUAAGUGGUGGGUGUUUUUUUGAGCAGAACAGGUAACUGUUCUCUGAAGACCAUGAAGACCUAACUCUUCACAGAUAAUCUUACUGCCCUUCACUCAUUUCUAUGACUGUUCUAGGCUAGAUGAACAGAAUUCAUUAUGGUCUGGUUUUGUUAAAAUCAAGUAGAAAAACAUUUGAAAUACAGGUGGGCUCUUUGAUAAUAUUUAACAGUUUCUCUAGUAUGUAAUAUUGUAAUAAUAUUGUAAUAAUAAAUCCUUUAUAUUGCA